AUGGUGAUACGCGCAAAAAAUGCCACAUUGGUGGUGCUUGGCGAUAUUGGUCGUAGUCCGCGAAUGUGUUAUCAUGCCAAAUCAUUGGCUGAUAAAAAUUAUCGAGUUCAAAUCGUCGGUUAUUUCGAUACACAACCACAUCCUCAAAUAAGUGAACAUCCAAAUAUACGUAUCGUUCCACUGCGAAAUCCUCCAAGUUUUAUCAAUAAUUUGGGACAAAUUUUAUCGCUUAUUCUUAAAUUUUUGUGGACAACAAUUAUGCUUCUAUCCGCUUUAAUUUUUCGCGUUGACUGGCCAUUAUUAAUUUUAAUGCAGAAUCCACCAGGCGUUCCUUCAAUGUUGGUUUGCUGGCUGAGCGCUCGUUUGAAGCGAGCUCAGUUUAUCAUCGAUUGGCAUAACUACACUUAUACAGUUUUACGAGAAAAGUAUGGAAUCGAAGAGUUGCGCGUGGAACGUUUUAUUGAUAAUGCUUCGAACGUUUCAAGAGCAUCGGAUGAAAUAUCUCUAAAAUCGAAUCAAGGCGAAAUACGCGGACGCCGUAUGACAAAAGUAGAACGUGCUGUUCAAGUUGCGGCUGCCGUUGCCCAUAAAAAGAAAAAGAAUGUGGAAAAACGUAAAAAGAUCUCUCUACUUCAAAGAUUCGUUGAGCGUGUUUAUUAUUGGGAAGGAUAUUUUGGUCGUCGAGCCGACCUAAACCUUUGUGUAACACACGCUAUGCGACAAGAUAUGUGUUAUGCGUGGGAUAUACAUUCUGCAACAUUAUAUGAUCGACCACCUUCAUGGAGUUUUCAUAAACUUAAUAAAGAGGAAUAUCAUCAGUUCUUUUUAAAUCUCAGCCAGUCUAAUUUCGACGAUUUUAAAUCAUUUAUUGGAGAUCCUAAAGCUAAUGAAAUUAACGAAUCAUGUUGUGAGGUGAAUAGAUUCUCAUAUCGAGAUGCAAGUGGUGAAAUUUGCCUGCGAAAUGAUCGUCCAUUUCUCAUGAUAUCGUCCACAAGUUGGACUGAAGACGAAGAUUUUUCACUUCUUUUGGAUGCUUUACGUGAAUAUGAUAGUAUCGCAAGGCUUUCAACUAAAUCUAAUCCUCAAACUUGUCUGCCGCAUAUUUUGUGCGUAAUUACUGGCAGAGGUCCACUGAAAUCACAUUAUGUUAGUCGAAUUGAAUAUCUACAAAUGCAGCAUAUCGAAAUCAUUACUCCAUGGUUUGAAGCCGAUGAUUAUCCUCGUAUUUUGGGAUGUGCUGAUAUUGGUGUGUCUCUUCAUAUUUCCACAUCGGGACUCGAUUUACCAAUGAAAGUGGUGGAUAUGUUUGGAAGUGGUUUACCAGUUAUCGCUAAGCGUUUCCCAUGCAUUACCGAAUUAGUUUCAGAUGGUCGUAAUGGCCGCCUAUUUGAUAAUUCCCAUGAACUGUUCCAAAUUAUUAAGUCGCUUGCAUGUGGAUUUCCACUGCAUUGCUUGCAGUUAAACACGCUACAAAAUGAUGUUGAAAAUUACAGCUUUAUUUCAUGGGAGGAAAAUUGGGACGCAUGUGUUUGGCCAUUAAUCGCCAAUUAUGGUGCGCCACCUGCGGAUGAAGUUGCUCGUCGACAAAGGUAUUGCCUUUCUGGUUGA